AUGAACUCGCUCGAAUUAUUUUUUAGCAGAUUAUAUCAAUACGACAUGUUAAAGCAAGAGAAUGAAAGAACCGGAAAUACCGAAGAAGUUGAACCUCCGUAUUUUGAUAUGAACUUCGAUUUUGAAGAUGCUCCUCCGGCAACCGUCAUUGAUUUUGAUGAUAAAAAGAAGGAUAACGAAAAUAAGAAGGAAGUCCAAAAUAGAACUACCGUUCGCAAAGUGAAAUCUCCAAAACCAGUUAGAAAGAUUUCAAAUAAAAGUCAGGUCAAAUCGUCGAAAGAUAAACAAAGGGUUAAGAAAAAUUUACGUAUCGAUAUGGUGGGUUAUGACCAAAAACCAGAUUAUACCAUUCGCUCGCAUUCGAAUAAGAGAAGAAAAGCAAGCGAAUAA